AUGGCUCGGAAUGACGGCGGCCAGAUUGUGGACCUGCAGUUCACGCCGACAAGCCAGGCCCUUACUGGCAAAUACCGACGCAAUGGGAAGCUGCAGUCCUGUGAGCCUUGCAGGAAGAGCAAGCUCAAAUGUGAUCAUGUUGUUCCCGCUUGCGGGAGGUGUGUCAAGAGAGGUCGGGAUAACCAGUGCGUCUAUCAUCCGAAUCCCCUCUCGCGGCGUCGGCAAACACCAACACCAACAUCUAUUCCGACCCCAUCGACGUCCAUCAUAAGCGACAGUCCCGGAACCCCCUCCCAGUCAGUCGAACCAUCGCAUCCGCCAUGCACAAGCGAUGGCUCCUUCCCAGACGCUCAACUCCCGCCCGCCGUGGAAGUACGGGGUCCGGCGCGCAGGGCGGCAUCGGCCCCGCCGCGGGACUCUCGGGGCGAGCUAGUAGUGCGUGGGAAUGCCGGUUUCUUCGGCGCGACAUCCUACUCCUGUAUCUUCUCGGAAGGGCUAGGAAAUCUAGAAGCAGCCUCUGCGGGCCUGGAAGCGCCACAGACGCUGGAUAUGACCGUUUCGGAAGAGCGCAUCGCCAGGGGCUGUCAAGUGCUCGCCUUUCUCAAGGACAAGCCCAUGAUUAACAGGUUUGUAUCCCGAUGGUAUGAGAUCUGCGAAGGGGCGGCAGGGGUCUGCCUCGAGUUCAUCAUGAAGGAGUGGCUCAUGAAACUGGGGAUCCAUCACGGCGAGGUUCUGACAAGCCAAGACCCCGAGAAAAUACGUCGCCUGUGCGAGCUGAUAUGGCGGAACACACAAACCCCCCUGGUCUUCAGCCGCAAGACAACGGCCUUGGAGUGGGCACAUCUGAGCACCGGACAGAACCUCAGAUGGGAAGUCAUCGGGCUCAUCGCCGCGGUCGUCGGGCUGUGCGCCAGCUGUCUCGACCCAUCCGAUCGAUUCCUGAGCUAUCACAAGGUCACGCGGUAUUCCAUCUCGAAGAAGAUGAGGGAGAUUUCAAGCACCUGUCUAAGUUUCUGCCGUGAUUGCGAGGCGAUCGACGACAUGUUCAUCUGGCUCCUUCUGGAGGAUGAAUGGCUCACCAGCGCCAUCAAGGGCGACAGGAGCUACGCCACAUACCGGGCAUCUGGCGAGACGAACAACGCCGUCCUCGCCAUGGGCUUGCAUCAGGGGGUCAAGGCCAGCGACAACAUCCCCUUCUUCCUCGCCCAACUGCGCAAGAGGGCCUUCAUGGAAGCGUACAGUGUCGAGGUCAGCAUGGCGACAUUCCUCGGGCGCCCACCGCGACUCUCGCACCGCUAUUGCAAAAUCGACCCGCCGCUGGAUUUGACCGACCACCAGCUCAUUCUCGAGGGUCCCGAGCUCGACGCAGCGCUGGCCGGCCUCGACAAGAACGGCUACAACCUAGCCGGGCGGCUGAACCGCAUUACGUGCAUGAGGACCUACCUCGGCCUCGCCCCGAGGAGAGAGGACAUCCUCGACCUGGCGCUCGGCGACUACAGCCCGGAGGAGAUCCUCCAGCGUGCCGAGGUGAUCCAGCGCAAGAGCGAGGAGCACUGGGCCAGCCUGCCGCCGUUCAUGGCGAGGACGCGCGACUCGGCCUUUGACUUCUCCAAGACGAAGCCGCUGGAGACACUGUACAGCAGCUCGGUGCGGCAGGGGUCGCGGGCCAACGAGCUGCUCCUCCAGCGGGUGCUGAUGCGCCGAGCCGGGGCGAGCCCGGAGAAGCUCGUAGGCGCCGCGCGGGACAUCCUCCGCGACAUCCUGCAGAUCACCCAGCGCCAUGACAUCGCGUCCAUGUUCCGCAUGGACUUCACCGCCCUGCUGGUCGCCCACGGCCUGCGCAGCGGCGCCAUCAUCGCCGUCGAGCUGCUCAAGCAGGAGCAGCAGCAGCAGCUGUCCUUGGCCCACCACCACCACCACAACCACGGGAACCCGCCCCCGCUGCUUCCCCGCAGCCAGACCAUCCAGGACCUGUCCGUCUUCGCUGCGAGGCUUGGCGCCGUCGAUCCCAGGGACGGGGCCUUUGGCAUGUGCGACCAGGGACGCAAGGUCAUCACCCGGAUCCUGGACAAGAUCCUAACUCCGUGUCCCCCCGCUGCUACUGCUCCCAGCUUACCCCCUCCCGCCUUCCGUCAUCCUGCACAGGCGCCGCAGUACCAGCAGCAUCAGGGGGGGCUCGGGCAGAUGGAUCUUGAUGGCCCUGCGGACCGGGGGGCGCAGGAAGCCGGCCUCGCCGUGCCGGACAUGGCGGGCGGGGGGUUGGCUGACUUCGGUAUCGCCAUCGAGGCUCCCUUGAGUCUGGGGCAUGAUACCGAUUUUAUGCAGUGGCUUGAGAACAUGGACUGGGAACGUGCAGACACGUGGACUGGGUUUUGA